UAAACACCCCCAAGAUAUUGUCUAAAGGAAUCCCAAAAUCAUAUUUCCGUCAAUCUCCCUCCCAUCUUUCUUCUGCAGCUCAUAGAAAUUUCCACCACCGGCAGCAGUCCACAAGCUAUUAUUAGAUCACUUACAUACACUCGCACAGCACAGAGUCAUUUGCUUAUCAACAAUGGCUUCGAUCCAGUUCACACUGUCUCCUACUUCCUCCAUCCGCUCCUCACCGUCCUUUGCCGGUUCUCCUGCAAACCCCAUCACGCCCCAAUACUCCUCUACCCCCACAAAGGAUCUCUCCUCCUACUGCAAGCUAUCGUCAAGGCAAAAGAAUGUGAUCAAGAGGAAUGGCAGCAGAAACCUGGUUUCUACAGUGAGGUCGAGCUUGGACACGGCGGGUCCCACUUCCGCUGUUGGACAGGUCACUGAGGUCACCAAGGACACCUUCUGGCCCAUCGUUAACUCAUCCGGGGAUAAGACUGUCGUCCUCGACAUGUACACCCAAUGGUGUGGCCCUUGCAAGUUAAUAGCUCCAAAGUACAAGGAAUUAUCCCAGAAGUAUGAUGAUGUUGUGUUCUUAAAACUUGAUUGCAACCAAGAAAACAAGCCGUUGGCAAAAGAGCUUGGCAUAAAGGUAGUACCGACCUUCAAGAUUCUCAAGCAAGGCAAGAUCGUAAAGGAAGUCACCGGGGCCAAAUUCGAUAAUUUAGUUAUUGCCAUUGAGAGUGUCAGAUCCGCCAGCUGAAUCUCCUUUCUAUUAUUCCCUCUCGUGUAAACCAUUCUGCUUCGAAAUAAUUACUCUUCCUCUGUGUGUACUUAUUUAAUGUUGUACGGGUGGAAAUGAAAUGGUUUAAACCUAUCACAGGAUUUUUGUU